UUCGAUUCCACACUGCCCUCUCUCUCUCUCUUUCUCUCGCUCUCGGUUCCGCUCGCUCGCGACUCUGUGAUGGCGGAAGGAAUCGGAGCGUAAUCUCUGAGUCGCAUCAUUAUCUACCUGCGACGGAAGAAGAAGAAGAAGAGGAGGAGGAGAAGGAGUGGGACGAGGGUUGAGAUGGCGCAGAACCUCCGCCAGAAGCUGAAAGAAGUAGGGUCUAAGCUCGAGAAGCCUCCGCAGUCGAAGGCUUCUCUUUUGAAGCUUCUAAAGCAAGCAGAAAUUUGUCUUUCUGAGAUUGAUCAGUCACCCUCCAAAUCGUUGUUGGGGUCCGUACAAUCAUGUGCAAAUACAGUUGCUAAGGAAGAAUAUCUGAAGCACCAAGAUAGGGAUGUCCAGCUUUUGGUGGCAGCUUGCAUUUGUGAAACAAUGAGGAUUAUGGCACCAGAGCCUCCUUAUACUGAUGAUGUACUAAAGGAAGCAUUUUCUCUAAUUGUGGGGACACUUACCAGUUUAAGUGAGAUAAAUAGUCCAUCCUUUGGAAGAAGUAUUGCUAUUCUGGAGACUCUAGGAAAAUAUAGGUCAUGUGUUGUCCUGCUGGAUCUUGAAUGCAAUGAUUUAGUUAGAGAAAUAUUCACUACAUUUCUCUCAGUUGCCAGUAAUGAUCAUCCAGAAGCUGUCCUUAUGUCAAUGCAGUCAAUUAUGGUCCUCUUAAUUGAUGAGAGUGAGGAUGUCCAAGAGGAACCUGUACUUGCUUUGUUAGCUGCACUUGGUCAACAAAAAAAGGAUAUAUCUUCAGCUGGACGAAGACUAGCUAUGAAUGUUAUUAAGCAAUGUGCUGUAAAGCUUGAGCCUUGCAUAAAUAAGUUGCUUAUAUCAGCAUUAUCAAGGACUGCAAGUUCACAGAAUGGCCAUUUUGAUCACCAUGAAGCUAUUUAUGAGAUUUACUGUGGCGCACCUCAGAUCUUACAUGGAGUUGUUGCAUACAUGAUUGAAGAACUAUCGGUGGAUCAGCUAGAUGUUAGGCUGAAGUCAGUAAACCUGCUUGGUCGCAUAUUUUCAUUACCCGAGAGUAAUAUAACUGAAGUGUUUCGACCCCUUUUUUUGGAAUUUUUGAAAAAACUCACAGACAGUGCAGCAAAAGUUCGAAUUUCUGCUGUUGAACAUGUGAAAGCUUGUCUAUUGUGUAACUUUUGUAGACCUGAUGCUGCUGAAAUUAUCUCUGCCCUUGCUGAUCGUUUGUCAGAUCAUGAUGAACAUGUUCGAGAACAAGCUGUUGCAGCAAUUUGUGAUGUGAUUAAACAUACUUCAAAUCUUAUCCCAGUUGGGACUGUCAAACUUGUUUCUGAGCGUCUUCAAGACAAAUCUAUCACGGUCAAAAGGUAUACCCAGGAGAGGCUGGUGGAACUAUAUAGGCUUCGAUGUUUGAAAUGCUCAGAUCCUUCAUUUGAUUAUGAUGAAUAUAAAUGGUUACCUAGAAAGAUCUUGAGAUGCUUUUAUGAUAAUGACUUGAGAUAUGAAACACUCGACAUUUUUCUAUCAGAUUCAUUGAUACCUACUGAGAUCACAGUGAAGGAUUACAUGAAACAUUGGAUUGCAGCCUUCUCCGAAUUUGAAAAAAUUGAAACAAAGGCUUUUGAGCAAGUUCUUCUGCAGAGAAAGAGGUUGCAGGAGGAACUGCAGAGUUAUCUUAUGCUGAGAAAGAAGUACCAGGAUAAUGAUGCCCCUGAUAUCCUAAAGAGAACUUUAGGGUGUGUUCGGGCAAUGUCUCGAUUGUUUAAAGAUCCUUCCAGAGCGGAGGAGAGUUUUCAAAUGCUUAAUCAGUUAAAAGAUGACAAUGUUUGGAAAACUUUGACUAGUCUUCUUGACUAUAACAUUGGUACUGCACAAUCAUUGAUGGCGAGGGAUGACUUGCUCAAGGCCAUUGGUGACAAGCAUCCACUGUAUGAUUUCCUAGCUACAUUGUCAAUCAAAUGUUCUUACAUUCUUUUCAACAAGGAGCAUGUGAAAGAAAUUCUUGACGAGCUUCUUCUCCAUAAGUCUGCUGGGAAUGGCAGCCUUGUCUUAUCAUGCUUGAAUUUGCUUGUGAUCCUUGCAAGUUUCUUUCCAUCAAUUUUUAGAGGGGCAGAAGAACAACUAGUCCUUCUCCUCAAAGAUGAUAAUGAGACAAUCAAGGAAGGAAUUGUGCAUAUUCUUGCAAAGGCUGGUGGAUCUAUUAGAGAUCAACUCCCAAUGUUGGCUGGAUCAGUAGACAUUUUAUUAGAGAGACUAUGCUUAGAAGGUACAAGGAAGCAAGCCAAAUACUCAGUGCAAGCUCUUGCUGCAAUAACAAUCGACGAUGGCCUUAAGUCACUUUCAUUGCUUUAUAAGCAUCUGGUGGAUAUGCUCGAGAAAAAAACUCAUCUUCCUGCCAUCCUGCAAUCUUUGGGUUGUAUUGCACAAAUUGCCAUGCCAAUAUUUGAAACCAGGGAGGAGGAAAUUGUUGGGUUUAUAUCAGACAAAAUUAUGGAUGGAAGUAUUGUUGAGAGCACUUCUCAAACAGACUGGGAUGACAAAAGUGAAAAAUGCUUGCUAAAGAUAUUUGCUAUCAAGACCCUGGUAAAGAGCUAUUUGCCUGUUAAGGAUGCUCAUGUACGAAGUGGGAUUGAAAACCUUUUGGAAAUGCUUAAAGGCGUUCUGACAUUUGGGGAGGUGUCACAGGGUGUAGAAUCAAGUGCUGUGGAUAAGGCCCAUCUAAGGCUUGCAUCAGCAACUGCAAUUCUACGAUUAUCAAAAGUUUGGGACCAUAAAAUACCAAUUGAUGUCUUUCAUUUAACUGUAAGAAUCUCACAGGAUAUUUAUCCACAAGUAAGGAAGCUUUUCCUAAGUAAAGUUUACCAGUAUGCAAAAGAUCGGCUUGUGGAUGCAAAGUAUGUAAUUGCACUUCCACUGGGCAUGGAUGGAAUGACUGAACAUGAGUACAAAGAGUACAGGCAGUGUCUUGUUGAAAUUGUCGAGAUGCUCUACCGUGAAGCAAGAUCAAGACAGCUUUAUGUACCAUCUGGCCAGAACGUGCCUUCAGACUAUCCCGAGCAUAUACUUGCAUAUUUUGUCCAUUCCCUUGCACAUGAUGAUGCAUACCCUAAUCUUGACGAACGUCCAAGUGCUACAGCGUUUGUGCCAAUUUAUCGGAAGUUGCACACCUUUCUUUCAGUGCUCUUACAUCAAAACGAGAAGGAGAAACAAGAGGCUAUAUGCACGGAUGUACAUGACAGAGCUUGUGCCAUCAUCUCAGUUUUCCAAAGUAUCAAAUCUUCUGCAGAUCUAGUAGAUUUAACUAAAUCAAAGAAUUCCCACGUGAUAUGUGAUAUUGGGCUUGGUAUUAUGAAGCAUUUAUGCAGUAAGCAGUUUGAUACAGAUCUUACCAAUUCCAUUCCUCUACCUUCAGUACUUUAUGGCCCAGUUGAGAAGAGUAAUGACCGUAUGGCCAAUGGUGACUGCCCACUUUCAUGGUUGUCUCGUGAUGAUCUAUUUGUUCAUUUCCAAUCCUUGAGCCUGCAGACUGGGGCUCAGGUUGAGCCUGCUGCUCUCAAAGACAAGAAGAAAUCUAAGCCUAGAGACAAAGAUGAAACGGAAUUGCCUCUUAAGAAAAUGAUGAAAAUGCUCAAAUCAAACAAAUCCAAGAAAAAAGCUACAGUAACACCCACUUCAUUGGGUAGUACAAAGAAACAAGAAGAUGACCUAGACAUAUUGAGUAUGGUGAAGGAAAUUGAAUCAGAAAAUCUCACUGGUGGCAAGAGCUUGGAAGUAGGGGAGCUUGCAACUUCUUUGGAUAGAGAAGAAACGAUUAACGGCGAAAAUAAUGGUGAUGUGUCUGUGUCUCAAAGGAAUGACAUAAAAAUAAACAAGGAAGCAAAUGUACGUGAUUCUAAUUAUAAAAGAAAAGAUCGUGACCUGGAUAAACUGACCGGAGAUGACUCCGUAAAGUCCAACAAGAAGCAUAAAAAGUUAGAGGACAAUUUGAAUGGUGGAACGGAUUUAACAUCAGAAUCAGUUCAUGUGGACCAUUCCUCAAAUCAUUUAGAAGGUGAAUUAUCUAUUGACAGAGUUGGUGUCAGACAAAGCAAUGAAACCGAUUUGACAGAAACAGCAGUGCGAACAGGUAAAAGGUUACCAUCAAGAGGUAAAAGAAAAAGUACAACUUGGACUCUGGAGGAUGACAUACAUAAUGAUGGAGAGGCCAAGCACAACAAAAAAGUGGGUUCCUCCUUGCCUGAUGAGAAGUUUUCUAGUACAAGAGGGUAUGUAAGAUCUACUAAAAAGUCUAAAAGAAAAAGUGCUGCCUUGCUGGAGAAGUGUUCUUUUGGAAAGGCUGAUAAAAGCGAUUUGGAGUUGAUUGGAUGCAGAGUGAAAGUUUGGUGGCCAAUGGACAAACGGUUCUAUAAAGGCGUUGUGCAAUCUUUCGAUGUUAGCAAGAAGAAACAUGUGAUUGUAUAUGAUGAUGGAGAUGUCGAAACACUCAAGUUAGAAAAAGAGAAGUGGGAGAGGAUCAAUGAUGAUGAUGAUGAUGAGGAGCAGGAGGAGGAGGAGGGGGGUGGUGAUGAUGAUGGUAAUGAAGAUAACGACAGUGGUGGCGACAUGUUAAAGCAGCCAGAGUCAUCAACUCCGUCCACCUCUCAGCAAAAGUCAUCCAGAAGCAGAAUAGUUAAGAGAGGCCGUGCUGCCUCUGGAAAGAGAAAGAGAAAAGUCAAAAAAAAGGAAAAUAGCUCCAAUUCAAGUGUGAAAGCUUCACUUAAAUCAUCAAAAACUAGUUCUCCUUCUCAAGAAGCCGAGAGUGAAGAUGCAUCCCAACAUUCCGAUCUUCACGAUCAAGAUGGUUCACGACCGAUUGAUGAAGAUCACGAAGAAGAGACGAAAACCGCUGCUUCUGAAGCUUUGCCAGAAAGAGAGAACGGUGAUGAUGAUCUGAAAGUUACAAAUGAAGACAACACUAUUGAUGAGGACAAGCUGCAGCCAUCUAGCUCCCAAAUUAUUGAAGGUUCGAAAGAAAAGCAGAAGGAUUGUCGUGAACCAAAGAAAGAAUCAGGGGAGCCUCUGUGAGGAAGAUAAAGCCAAUGGUUCGAUCUCUCAUAUUUCUGACGCUUGUGGUCAUCAGCUUCUGAGUUACUUAAAAGCAUGAGCUAAAGCAGUUUGAGUUACGGCGCCAUGAUUCUGCAAACGAAGUUUGGUGCCAUCGACGGUCAUAGAAAUUGGUUUUAUUUAUUUUAGGAGCACUCAUUCACAUUCAUGUGCUCUCAUGUACAAUUCAAAUGUAAAUUAAAGUUGUAGCGUGGUAGUACUUCGAGGCAUUUAGUCUUGUGUAUCAUGCAAUCAUAGUAUUUGCUUAGGCAUCUAACCUCUUCAUCUAACACCACUAAUAAACUUUUAAAAUUGUUUUCAUAAGAAUUUGAUAAUAGAGAAGUUGCAUCUUUGGUCUUC